GUGGCCCGUAUCUUUCAGCGAUACCACUGUGGCGGGCGAACCGACGGAGGCACAGUGGAGAAUGUGGUUCGGUGGAAUCUGCCGGCCAUGAUGUAUCCCCCUCUCCUCACCACUCCCUCCACUGGGCUGAUGACAGUGACAGCAGAGUUUGGUGCGCGCCGUGACGGCGCAAAUUUUGAAUUGCGGUUUGAGCGGGACGCGAGGUCUGGCGUGAGGCUCAACGAGCAGAUGGCUGCUUUCCUGGCGCCGGAUGGUCAUAUGCGCGCGGAGCUGGGGCUGUGGGCCAAGUACUUUUCGUACUGGUUGCAGAGCUGUUUGCCUUGUGACUCCUUUAUUCGCGACAAUCCUAUUUCCUCCUGGACAAG